CCGCCCACUGGCUGCGUGCGUAUUUUUUCUUCUCCCCCUUCCACCCUCCUCCUCCUCCCCCAUUGAGUGUGUAAAUGGUCACAUGUUGUUUCCCCUCCCCAGUCCGGACACCAGCACGAUCAGAAGCAGCAGCAGACAUGUGUUAUUUAUCGCUCAGCCGUGGGGGAAGCAAGAGGACGAUCGAAGCGUAAAAACAAAAACUAACGUCGAGUGUCCUCCAAUUCUUCUUCCUCCUCGUAAGUGUUUGAAGAGUAGAAUGGCGAGUCCGCCGAACGAUGCCGGACCCCAACGACCGGCUGCCGGCGUGAAGAAGUGCGGCUACCUGAGGAAGCACAAGCACGGCCACAAGCGAUUCUUCGUACUCAGGGAGCCCGGCGAGGGCUGCCCUGCCCGGCUGGAGUACUACGAGAGCGAGAAGAAAUGGAGGAACAAGUCUGCUGCCAAGCGGGUCAUCCCGCUGGACUGCUGCCUGAACGUCAACAAGCGAGCGGACGCCAAACACAAAUAUCUCAUCGCGCUCUACACCAAGGACGAGUACUUUGCCGUGGCCGCCGACAGCGAGAGCGAGCAGGAAGAAUGGUACCGGGUGCUGACGGAUUUGAUCGCGGAGGGGAGAGUGUUCGACGGGUCGGCGUCCAACUCCGCGUCCUCGCUGGUGGGGUUCGACGAGACGAGCUACGGCGUGAUCACGCCGGUUAGCGCUGCCUACAAGGAGGUAUGGCAGGUCAACAUGAAAUCCAAAGGCUUGGGGCAGAGCAGGAAUUUAACCGGAGUGUACAGACUCUGCUUAUCCAGUCGGACUAUCAGUUUUGUGAAACUCAACACGGAGGUGGCCGCGGUCAUUUUGCAGCUGAUGAACAUCCGGAGGUGCGGCCACUCUGACAGCUUCUUCUUCAUCGAGGUGGGUCGCUCUGCAGCCACCGGACCCGGCGAGCUUUGGAUGCAGGCAGAUGAUUCUGUCGUGGCGCAGAACAUCCACGAAACCAUCCUGGAAGCUAUGAAAGCAAUGAAGGAGUUGUCUGAAUUCCGCCCUCGCAGCAAAAGCCAGUCAUCGGGUACCAACCCCAUCUCCGUGCCCACGAGGCGGCACCUGAACCACCUCCCCCCCAGCCAGACCGGUCUACUCCGGCGGUCGCGCACUGACAGCAUGGCCACAACCUCACCUGUGGGUAAAUUCUCCUCUUGUCGGAUACGCACGGCCAGUGAGGGCGACGGCACCAUGACACGCCCUAUUUCGGUGAACGGGAGCCCCCUCAGCCCGGGGGUCCGCCGCACCCUCCUGAGCAGGUCUCACACCAUCACGGCACGCCCAUGUCGGACGUUUGAAUCCUCCUCCCUGCAACACAGUAAGUCCAUGUCCAUGCCGCUGUCUCAUUCCCCGCCGAUGACCGCCCCCAGUCUUGUGAGCCUGACCUCGUGUCCGGAUAACAGCGCACCUCGUCCCUCCAGCUGUAGUGCCUCUUUUUCGGGCUCCCCGAGUGACGCCGGUUUCAUAUCGUGUGAGGAGUACGGCACGAGCCCCGCGGACGCACGCGACCUCCGGCUGCCUCUCACGUACGGGAGCAACACCCCAGAGUCUCUCAGAGCUGACACUCCUCCCUCCCGGGAUGGCAGCAGGCUCGAUGGCUACAUGGUGAUGGAACAGCCGAACCAGAAUGGCUAUCGGUGGUACUCGGAGUUGGACAAGGCUUAUCGAAAGCGUACAUACUCUCUGACCACCCCCCGGCAGCAGAGGUGUCUCCCUCAAGUGUCUUCGGCCUCCCUCGACGAGUACACGUUAAUGAGGGCCACUUACACGAGUGGAAGCCAGUCUUCUCGCCGAUGUCUCACAGCCUCUCCUAAAGGAACCUUUCCAGAUGAGUACAGGGAUGUCCGGACGGGACCAAACUGUCUCCAAGGCGACAGUGGUUACAUGCCUAUGAUGCCAGGCGUGGCACCUCAUACAUCAGGUGCUAAGAACGACCCCUACAUGCCGAUGAGCCCCAUGUGUGUCUCUGCUCCGAAGCAGAUCAUCAACCCCCGAUCGCACCCCUCCUCUGCAGCAGGGCUGGGCCCGCAUACUGUCUCCCCAGGCAGCGUUUCCCUCGAGGACAACGGCUACAUGCGCAUGUGGUGCGGAAUCAAAAUGUCAAUGGAGAGCACUGACGGAAAGCUCACCAACGGAGAGUACCUGAACAUGUCUCCCGGUGACCACACGCCUCGAGACCACCACAUCCUUAGUUCUUCUGGAGGAGAGCAACAACACAGACAGCCUUAUUCUUAUAGCACGCUGCCACAUUCACUUAAGGGCCAAUUGCAGCGCAACGGCUCCACUGACACAGACCAAUACGUGGUGAUGUGUUUGCAGAAGCAGCGGAUCGAAGAGGAGUCCAACUACUGCCCUGUGACUUUGGGAGACUCUGUGACACCGGGCACCCCUUCAUCUGCCCCUUCUCCUCUCAGAGACAGUGGAGUUCUGGCGCACAGGAGUAGGGCGUGUCGUCCCACCCGCCUGGCUCUAGAUUCUCUCAGAACCUUACCAUGUAUGAGUGAACACCCGCUCCCCUCUGAGCCACGCAGCCCAGGGGAAUAUAUUAACAUCGACUUCAGCAGUGCUUCCAGUGACGCGGUGGAAUCCGCUGAAGCCUCAAAGUGUGCAGAUGAGGGAUCUAUACCACUUUCGGACUAUGUUAACGUGGACCUCGCCUCGCCCAAGACUGUGAGUUUGAACCGGGAGGAGGAGGAGGGCGAAGGCGUAGAGGGACAGGAAGAGGUGAGAGGCGUGGUGGAUGAAUAUCCUCUCCAGCAUCACACGAGUCCGGCGUGUCAGCCGACUGCAGUCAAAGACGACUACACCGAGAUGACACUCGGUCCUCUCUGCGCCACCGACAAUGCCCCUCUCCCGACCAGCCCGACCGCCUGUGUCCAUAGACUGAGUCUUGACAGCAGCCUUGUGGCGGACGGAGUACCAGCGGUGCCCGUGGAUUCUUUUCUCCUCAGUGGACCUUCGCUGAAUGUCCCCCUUGCAGAUCCACAUCGGGGGGCCAAAGUAAUUCGCGCUGACCCUCAGGGACGCCGGCGACACAGCUCCGAGACCUUCUCUUCUACUACCACUGUCACACCCGUGUGCCCAUCCUUUGCCCACGACACCAAGCGCCACAGCUCGGCCUCGGUGGAGAACGUCUCCCAUGGCGUGCGGGACUCGGAGGGACCCGAUGAGGACUAUGGCGGCAGCACCCCGAUGUGCAGGGAGACGUCCGCCGGCUAUCAGAAUGGACUCAACUACAUUGCCUUAAACUUGAUGGAGGGUACUCUCGGUGGGUGCCGGUUAGGGGGAUGUGAUGGACUCUUGAGAUUCAAGACUGCCUGUGGCUGCAAAGAUGGUAUGAAUGGCUUCAACUCCAGCCCCUACGCCAGUUUGGGAUUCAAGGAGACGACUGCUGCUGCUGUGAAAGAAUGAAGGCCACUGGCUCAGCCCCUCUCCCCCUUUCCUCUUCUCCUGGCCGUCAGGUCGGUCCGCCGCCUCCAUGUGAUGACGUCGCCUCGGCAACAGCUGGACCGCGGGCUGCCACCCACAUGUCCUUUGACCCUCGCCGCCAUCUCUGCGAGGUCACGGAGGCGACAGUCACCACGGCAACACGGACACUUGACCUUUGGCCCCAAAUCUUCCCUUGGCACCAAAACGAUGAGGCGCCAUCCAUUGAUGCUGCUGGACUAGAUGACUUAAAGAAACAAACUGUCGUACCAACUAUUAACUCUUGAUAACCAUUUUAUUUAUCUGCGAAAUGACUACACAAGUUAUUAUAUCGUGUUGGAUAUAUAUUAUUUUGGUUACCGAUAAUAACAGAGUUUGAACUGGUGGUCUGACCUGAGAAGACACCAAACUUGGAGAUCACAUGCACACACAUGCAGAAAAAAAUGCAUACUAAAUAUUUAUUUAUUUAACGCGGAUGUAUGCAUUUGGCAAAACCUUUUCCAAAUGUGUGAAUUUCUAUAAAGGUGGCAUUUAGGUACAUAUUUAAAAAAAAAAAAAGUUUGCUUAAGAAAAACCUACCUCAACAAAACAAACAAAAACAGGUUGGUUAAACCCCCCCCUUAGUUGAUAUGAAGAUAUAUGAAAUAUUUAUUUUUUAAAACUUUUUUUUUUAAGAAAAUCACCAAUCCAAAGCCUUACUCUCGCCCCUGAUGGGCUGUUUCGUCUGGACCUAGCAACCCUCCACAACUGAACCGAUCCGCAAAGAAUGAGCCACUCUGAGAUUUCCACGGUACAUUUAAGACAAGAUGAUGUAUGAAAGAUGUCUAUAUUUAUUCACCCGGCGGGGGGCGGGAUGGAAGGAUUUUCUAUCCUUGCGUUCCUGGAGAGCGAUGAUGUCACGCUCAAACACCGCUGCACCA